AACUGAUGGCAUACCGAUCAGGUGCACAAUGAAGGUUUUGUUUUGUCUCGCAGCACUCCUCUGUGCCAUCGGAGGCCUCUGCGAGGCUAGAGUCAUCGUACCAGAAGGAGUUCCGUACGACGAGCCCCCGGCGGUUCCUUAUUGGCCCUACUCCACCUCCGACUUCUGGAACUACGUCGAGUACUUCAAGUCCGUCGGCGGGUACGAGCAGAUUAACGAGAUGGCGCGCGCCUUCUACGCGCACCAGCACCUCGGGGACACGCUGGGAUACGAGACCAACGAGGGGCACGAGCACUGAGCACGGACCCGUGGACUGAGGAAGGACCGGAGGAGGAGGAGGAGGAGGAGGAGGAGAGGGGAAGGGGUGUGUGUGUGUUGGAGGGUGGACGCCGACGACGAUGACGUGGAAAGUUAACCCAACGGCUGUUAUGGUCGGUUGUGAUGUUUUUAUUUGUAAAAAUAUAUAUGUAAUAAUGUAAUGGUUUAAAUAUUAAAGUGAAGUAGAUUUAUCUUUAUGAAUCAAACGUAGGAUAGGAGUAGGAGGACUUCAAUAAAAAGAGAAAAACAAUGUAGUACAAUGUAACUAUAUAUACACAACUAUUGAAAUAGCGGUUAGUUGAGCAUUUCAAUGUUUUCCAGUGUAAUAUAGGCCUAUAUGCAACGACAUUAUAUACAUAUAAGUGUUACUUAUCUAGCAUAGAUUAAAAAUAUAUAUUCCCCAUAGUGUCAUAUGCAUUAUGAAAUAAACCUUUUCUGUGGAGUUUCA